UUUUUAAUGAGGCGUUUUUCUUACAGAUUAUUUUACAGGAUGAUCCGAAAGAAUAACGCGUUAAAGCUGAAACAAUUUCUGCAAGUGUGUCGUUAAACACACCACAAUGCCUCUGUCCACUCAGUCGCAAAGUGAAGAUGUACAAGACGUUCUGGUGGCCAAUCUGGAUAACGCUCGCAGUCUCUCCAACAUACUGAAAGCCAUCACCUGCAAGGACCAUGCCAUCUUCACAGCAACAGCAAACGGCCUGAAGGUCACAGUGGAGGACUGCAAAUGCAUGCAGGCCAAUGCCUUCAUUCAGGCAGAUAUCUUUCAAGAGUUCACGCUAAAGGACGAUAUAGUUGUUUUUCAAAUUAACCUCACUGUUCUGCUCGACUGCCUGAAUAUUUUUGGGGGAACCCCGGCGGCAGGAGUCUCAACGGCCCUGCGGAUGUGCUACAGGGGUUAUGGUUAUCCGCUGACGUUGUUCCUGGAGGAGGGCGGCGUGGUGACUGUCUGCAAAAUUAACACAAGCGAACCAGAGGAACCGAUCGACUUUGAGUUCUCCAGCUCCAAUGUUACAAACAAGGUCAUCCUACUGUCAGAGAGUCUAAAGGAAGCCUUCUCUGAACUGGACCUGACCAGCGAGGUGCUGGAGAUCACCAUGUCCCCCAGCCAGCCGUACUUCAGGUUGUCUACAUUUGGAAACUCUGGAAAUGCCCAUUAUGACUACUCCAAGGAUUCGGAUAUGAUGGAGCUGUUUCAGUGCAACAGGACACAAACCAACAGAUACAAGAUGUCCUUACUAAAACCAUCCACCAAAGCCUUGGCUAUAUCCUGUAAAGUCUCAGUGAGGACAGACAGCAGGGGCGUCCUCUCUCUGCAGUACCUGGUCAGGAACGACGACGGACAGAUCUGCUUUGUGGAAUAUUUCUGUUGUCCCGACGAGGAGGUAGAAGAGGGAUAACAACAGAUUGGUCCUGACCCAAGUUCCUUAGGUUCAGCUGGGACACAUUACCGUGUUUGAUCGCACCGUUAAGAAGGUAAAAUGAGUCAGAGAAGGUCCAGCAGUGGAGGGAAAAUGCAUAUGUCCAGGGAUGAUGUGGCAUCUGUCUUCUCAGCACACCUUCUUUCCUGCACCGCUGAAAUGUUCAGUGUUUGCCUACGAACAGGGAAUCCGAAGGCCAGCAAAGUUUGUGUUCUCAUUUCAGGUUUUCAUAGAUAAAGUCUUCAGAGUAUAAUGGGAAUUCCACAUUUUGGAGGAGUUGACGUUUUCAGUCUCAGACGUUGUUGCUGGACGUGUGGAAGGUUCGCUGCCCACCCGGUCCUGUUAUGCAUUCAGCAUCUAGUUUUACCACAGCCGUAUUCAGAGUUCUGUGUUGAAUAAAAAUGGAAACUGUUAAACUGGAGACAUCCAGCAAAAAUACCAGUGUCACAUUCACCGUGGGAAUUUGGGUUUUUACUAUCUGGAAGACGCACCAAUCAGGCUCUUCGUUGAUGUUUGACCUGUUAAUUCCCGUUAUGAUAGAGGUGGUGGUGUUGAAUUAGGACUGCACUCUAGUAAGGAAAAUAUGCUGGUAUAGCAUGUUAUGCAAUAAUUGAAGUGUUAGUGUCCUGCUUUGGGUUUAUAUGAAUAGACUGCUCUAACCACAGAAAAGUAGUCUGUUUACUGAGGGAAAAUAUCCAAAAAUUGCAUUAUUUCCAACUCAGGUUUAUUGAAAAGUUGCUUCUUUUAAACCGUUUUCUUGGCAAUGAAAUGUUAGUUUCCAAACAAGUGUCUAAUAUAUUUUAGGAAUAAAAAAAAAACCUUAUGGCAUGAACCUUUAAUAAUAAGCUAACAUUUACUGCAGUCUAACAGUUGUUUGCAAUACAGUAGAGAAUAAGGAAACUACAGGAUUCGCCCCACUUCAGCAUCAAAACACGAUAUGCACCUUUUAUUACUUGUUUUACCAAAAAGAAGAGAAAAAAAGUACAUGGUGGUCAUAGUUUUGAUGCAUUUAAAGGAACGUUUUUUCCCCCACCUUUCAAGUAAGCACAUGGGAGAUAAUCUCUUACCCACUGAUUGGUGCUUCUCUAUUUAUGGUUCCAUGUAGGGCAAAUAUUUAAAUUAUCCAAACUGAAUUCCUGGUGAAAUGUCAAAUACAGAGAAAACCUACAAAAGGAUUUUUUUCCUAACAUGGGGGAAAAAAAAUUGACAUCAAGUUUUGUGUCUUGCAGUAUGUAUUUUUAUUAAAAAGCAUUGUAAAUAUUGUUUUGUAAAUUAAACAUUUUUAUCGUUCAAAGACUAUCUGCACAUUUUAUUGAACACAACACGACACCAAUGAAAAAAAAGAAAGA